GCCACGGUGAGCCAGGGGGGCCUGGAGUACUCAGUCUAGUGCCGCCAUCAGCCAGUCACCAUGGAUAGCACCGACACGGACACUAGGGGAAAUGUGGCAGAGUCCCCCUCCACAUUCCGCUCCACCCUUUCACAGGUGUUGGGAGCUACGGCUUUCGGCUUCGUGAUCAUGGGAGUGGGUCUAAUCUUCGGCAUGCCUACCAUCGUGAUCGGCGAGUUGAUGAAGCCCAACGCCACUACCAUCCACGGAGUCGCCUUCGACGAUUACUCAGCCUCCUGGUUUGGCAGUAUAAUCUUCAUCAGCCAACCCAUUGGAUCUUUGACGUCUGGCUUCCUGCAGGACCUGUUUGGCCGUAAACGAUGUAUGCUGGUGGUGACCAUUCCCCAGAUGAUUGGUUGGUUGCUGCUCUACAGCGCUGAUUCUGUCCCUUGGCUCUACACAGCCGUUACAGUCAUGGGUCUCAGUGUGGGCUUCAUGGAGGCUCCAGUGCUCUCUUACAUCGGUGAAAUCACGGAACCGAGGCUUCGUGGUGUUCUCAGUUCCAUUGCGGGGAUUUUCCUCAAUGUAGGCAUCAUGCUGGAGUGCUACAUAGGGGCUCUAACCGACUGGCGAAGCUUGGCACUCAUCAGUGCUCUAGGACCUGUUCUCAUUUUCAUUCUACUCUCCCAGGUACCAGAAUCGCCGGCAUGGCUGGUAUACAAGGGUCGAGUAUCGGAUGCUGAGAGAGCCUUAUGCUGGCUCAGAGGAUGGGUGGCUCCCAUUCAUGUCAGCAAGGAGUUGUCCUCUCUGGUGGCUCAUGUCGACCAGAGAAAUGUCAGGAUUGUUAAGGCCAAAGACCAGGAUUACCACCAAGUGCCAUCGCAUGACAUUGGAAACCAGAAAAGAGCGAAAAGAUCCGAGACAAUGCAGAAUAUUCAUUACUUCCUGCAGCCAGCAACCCAGAGGCCUCUGAAGUUGAUCCUUAUUUACUUCUUCUGCUCGCAUUGUGCUUCUCUCAUUGGCGUGCGACCCUUCCUCGUCCAGAUCUUUGACAGUCUGCACUUUCCCAUCGAUUCCAAGUGGGUUGUGGUGAUGGUCGGUACUCUGCAAGUGCUGGGCAGUAUUGGUUGUAUGCUCGUCAUGAAACUCCUGGGCAAGCGAGGCCUCUCCUUCCUCUCCAUGUCAAUCUGUGUGAUCUGUGCUGUCGCCAUAUCGGUCUAUGUGGUCCUUGGGGUCAACCCUCCUUGGGUUCCCAUGAUCCUCUUCUGUGUGCUCUUCUUCGCAGCACAACUUGGGAUUGGAUCCAUUCCUUGGAUGCUCAUCAGUGAAGUCUUUCCUAUUCAGGGCAGAGGUAUCGCAGGCGGUGUCUCAGCAGCUUGCGGUUACAGUUUCAUCUUCAUCGUGACAAAGUUUUACAUCAACCUUGAACAGUGGUUCUCCAUGUGGGGAGCACUACUGGUCUACGCCGUUGUAGGACUCUGGGGCAUCAUCUACCUCUACUUCUGCCUACCAGAGACUGAGGGUAAGACCUUGCAGGACAUUGAGCCCUACUUCCUCACCAAGCGUGAGAGAGAACGUCUUGAGAAGUCACACUCCAUCAAGAAUCUGCCUGUUGAGAUCUAACUUGAGGUGUUAAUUGUACAUAAAGUCUCAGUAUGGUGCAAUGCCAGGCAGCGUUAAUUGCAACAUGAGUUGCUCAUAUAUACCUCAUUAAUGUAAACCUGGAACAAACUUUGGUGUUUGAAACGAUCCCUCAAAAAUCUACUCCUGACAUAUCUGAUACUCCUUAAUACUUUAAGUUUUUUUACUAUCGAUGCUGGUUCUUAUUACAAUCUAUUGGUUUAGUGUAUCAAAAAGAAAGAUAGAAGAAUCAUGCUACUUCUUAAAACCUAAGUAGUAAUAAGUAUCCACUAUGUAAUUAGAAAAAUUAUUUUUGGAGAGUAACGAGAUUUGGGUAAGUAGUCUGUGGAUCACACGUUAAAAAAAACUAUAGUACUUGGAUUUUUGAAAUUUCAUUGAUCCAUUUGUUAUAAUAAAACAUUCGCGUUUUUAAUUGUUCUAUAUUUUAUAUAAAUAUGUGUCUACUUGAACAGAAUGUGAAUUUGUGGUUCUCAACUUAUUCAGAGUUUUUUAACAGGAUUUCAGGCAUUGUAAAAGUCAUGAAUUAAAGAAUUUCUUCCAAUCCAAUUGAAUGACGUAGGCUAUUAUACAGCUAUUUCAAAUGGAAUGAAAAUAAAUGUGUUAAUUAAGGGCCAAUAUAAUGUUUAUUUUAAUUUUAGUUUAAGAUAACAAAUUAAGGAGCUAAUUAAAAUCAGAUACAAUAGUACGAUAAAACACAUUCAAAUUGAAAUAUGAUUGUGUUGGAAAGAAAGAGGAUUCUUCUUAUUAAUAAUAAAAAAUAAAGUAUAAUAUAGUAAUAAUAUUACCUCAAUAUUAUCUUGGUUGUGUACACGCUCCCAUAUGAUAUUAAUAGUGCAAAUAGAGAAGACAUGGGUUCUUCAGGUAUUCACUUUCUGAAUUUAUUAUUGUGAAUUAAGUGUUGUAAUCUGUGAUAGGUUUUUAUAUAUGUUUUACUAUCUAUAAUCUGUGACAUGUUUUAUUAUAUAUGUAUGAUAAGUGUACAUUUACUAAGUAAAUGUACUUGUUUUAAGUAGUUGAUAGAACAUAUUUAGAUUUAAGUUAAAUGUAUUAAAAAAAUAAUGGAAAGUUUUAUGUUUAAAUUGUAAAUUAAUUUUGAUGUCUGGUUUUGAUAUUGUAGAUAAUAGAUAAAACUUGUUGUACAUAAUACAUGGGUCAGUCAAAAAGUAACUUCUACUAUUUUUCUCUUUUUAACCGUUUAAGUAAAUAUAUGUUAUUGUAUUACAUACAAUGAAAAUCAAAAUACUGUUGUGUAAUUUGUCAUUUUUCAAUACAGUCUUCAUCCAUUCGCAGUCUUGCUUCACAAGGGUUUAUAUUUCUGUUUGGUCUUCCUUCUAUCUUACCAAUGUUCCUUCAAUUUUCAAUCUCCCAUCUUCAAAGUGAAUGAAUAAUGAAUGAAUGAAUUCAUUUUAAAUCCCAUGUUGAGCAGCUCAAACAGAUAGAAGUUUGAAUUCACUACAUCAGGACUGUAUUGGGAUGAGUGAAGACUUUCCAUUCAAUCUCCAAGAUCUUAUCAGCAAUGAGAACUUUUUCCUCCAUAAUUUUAUGUGAUGCCAAUUCACCCACUUCCUCUUUGAUUCAAGUUCAAAAAUUGAACUCAUUUUAUCUUUUUAGAUAUAACUUUCAGAAACUCUUUUAAAAAAUCUAUAAUUUCUCUCUUUUAUUAAAACACUUUGCAUUUGGAGGCUAUCUUUUUUUCAAUUUAUCGAGGUUGGUUAAUUUUCUUGGUUCCUAACGUGCACAAACUCUGUGUAAUCUAGGUGGCAUGUAAUCGUCACUAGACGCUGUCUUUACUUACAGAAAUACUGUGAUAUAUUUCAUUUUUUGUCUCCGAGCAGAGCCUGAAAUAGUUGAGUCAUGCAUGAAUCAUUUCAGCCGUUGGUCUUCAAAUGGGUAUUUUAUCCUCCAAAUUCAAGAACUAAAUCACAGAAUCUUAUGUUAACAAUAAAUAGCUCAAAAGUUUUCUGCUCCACAUUAACCACCAACUGUAUAACAUCUGUCAACUGUUAAGGGCUCUCCACAGGGAGACCAAAUUAUUUCAUUUAAUUGUGUAAGCAAGGCAGUCUAAAAUGAGCAACAUCAACGAUUUUGUGAAUGGAUGCAAUGCUGUCCCCUGUUGUCAGAGAACGUUUCUACCACGUUUUC